AUGAUUGAAAUCGUUUGUAAUGACAGACUCGGCAAGAAAGUUCGUGUUAAGUGCAAUCCGGACGACACGAUCGGAGACUUGAAGAAAUUAAUCGCUGCUCAAACUGGCACAAAAGCUGAAAAGAUCGUCCUAAAGAAGUGGUACACUGUCUACAAGGACCACAUUACACUCGAUGAUUAUGAGAUACACGAUGGAAUGAACUUGGAGCUCUACUACCAGUAA